GUUGUAGUCAAGUGGGAGAACAACGUUGCUGCCACGGAUGACGAGGCCGGAAGACGGCACCGGGAUGUGGGUACAGGGGCGCCGGCCGGAUCCCGCUGUAACCGUGACGUGACGUGACGUUUCUUGCUGGCUUCAAUCGUCUCGAAAGAUUCAGGUCAGGAGAGACAAUUCGAUGAGAUUCGCUAAUACAUUCUCUUGGCCACAUGGAAAUCCACCCUCCCAAACAAGGAUGCCUCUAAUCUCUCGUCUCUGCCUUGUCCUCCCUUUCCUGAAUCGCUUUAGGCUCACCACAUCCCGCGAUACCAAGUCUGUGAGAGGUCUUGGCCACGCAACAAGUUGUGAUGAGACUCGGCUUGGCAAUGACUGUUGUUGCAUCGAUUUCAUCGGAGGUUUAGUUACUUAUGUACUGCACUUGUUAUCUCAGUUUUAGUUUAAGUAGAAGCGUAACCGUUAGACUUAUCGACCCCGAGGCGUAUCCCUGAUAAAUCAAUCGCUUAUUCCCCCAUAAAAUUCUAUCCUUCAUUUCGUCUUAUUUAACUACAGCGCAGCCUUAUUUUCGCAAUAGCCUCUCAUCUCGGCCUGUUCUAGGUGUUGCUCCUGUCAACCUCAAACUCUCUCGUCUUAGACUCCUGACCCUCGCAUAACGCCCUAUCAUAAGGUAGCCUUCACUCGGGCUCUACAACAUCUCCCCUGAAAGCCGUUUCUAGCUUCUCAUCCCGUCCUGCUUUCGAAACGCCUCGUUCAAAGUUAAUCACUGCUUCCCACCGGCAACAUUCCUCUUUACUUAGAGCGUGCACUCAAUCACUUUGAGAGGCUACUUCCACGAAUUGGGCGUCCACCACCGAUCAUCGGCAUAGGAUUUGCAUUUUCUAGUUCUAGACUUGUCCUAUUUCUAUCUACAAUUUCUCAGCCACAUUAACACCAUACGACAUAUACAUUUUGCCCAUGGCCCGCAUCAGUACUUGAAAUCGCCGUGCCUUUUUUCUCUUAUUAGUCGCUUCUACUCGCUCGACUCUAGCGCAUCAUGUUUCAAGCACGAUGGAAAUCACCCGCAGAGCUCGAUCAUCAACUACCAAGUCGUCGUGACAGUCAAGAUUCUGUCAUGGGUAGACUCGGCGGAAAGAAUCUUGUCAUCUUUUGCUCUACUCGGGUUUGGCGCGGCGCGCCCAAACUUAUCCUUCAGAUCGCUGCCCUCUUCUUCACCACCUUUCUGAUCUUCGGCGUAUUACCAAAUCGACUAUCAGGUGGACAACUCAGGAACGGCUCCACUGGAUUAUUUUCUUGGGGUAGACAUGAGCCAGAACCUGAAUCGAAUUUGCGGAUCGUGGUGUUUGGAUCCCCUGAUGUCAUGGGUAAUGUCAAAGAUCCCCGACGCAAAACAUGGACAGAAGAAUUAUGUGAUGAGCUUAACUGCAAUUCUUAUCUCUCAUUUGUACCAGAUGGCCGACCAAACCGGGGCCUCACCAGCAACGAACUCCAUCAAAAAGGCGUCAAGGACCUUCUCAACAUCACAAAACAUACAGACGUGAAGAAGAAGCCAGCCUUCGACUACAACUUCAUUUCCAAACAGUACCCAACUCCAGAAAAAGUCCCUGACUUAGCCAGCCAAGUGAAGACCUUCCUCGCGAUGCCACCACCUGAAACCCCCCCGCGCGAAACGCUCUGGAUCUUCAGCUUCGGCACUUGGGAAAUCUGGAACAUGGCCGCAAUGCCAAGGACAAAGUCGGAAGAUAUUAUUACAGAUAUGGCGAGGGUUAUCCUUGACCAGGCUGAAAUACUCUACGAGCGGUCACUAGACCCAACUUCCAUCGCGUACUCGGACUUUUGGACGAAUGCGACCGAAACCCAGAUCAGAGAGCUGACCGCACCCGGCGCUCUAGAUAGUGUCGACAAACGCAAGUUCGAGAGCUUUCGCAUUAUCGCGCCUAUGAUAUUCGAUGUGUCCUUGACACCGGCGUGGCAAGCUCGAAAGGCGCCACCAGUACCCAAUAGCGUAGUAGAGCAUACCCGAAAUGCCGCGGAACUGACCAAAUACUGGAAUCAAGAGGUGGAUUUUGCAGUUGCUGAGUGGAUUGAGAGAUCGACCAAGAAACCCCAGAAGCCGGCUUCUGAGGACAAGGCAUCAAGCAUGAAUAAGAGCAAGAGAGCCGAGAGUGUUGAGCCAGUUGAGCACAGCGAAGACACAAAAGACUCGGCGAAGAAGACAUACGAAGACGAGCGUGUUAUCCAAGCUCCAUACCCCAUGCGUAACGGGUUGGCGGUGGACAUUGGAAAGGUGCUUCUCGAUGCGAUGACAGAGGGUGAGAUGCAGCAUGCCGCGGUGGUAGAUCUGCGAGGACGUGGUACAAUGUCACCAAACGCGACGAUGCGAUUCGCGGAUGUCUGGACUUCGUGUGUCAAGGCUGACAUGUCUGAUCUCACUAUCGAUCAGGACAAGGUCACGGCUGACUGUGCCGUUGAGAACGACCAUUUAUUCUACGACUCGUUGACGAUAAGCGAAAGGGCCAUGAAGGGCACAGUUCAAGCAGUUGUGCAAGAAAUCAAAGACGAGCUGUUCAAUGCACAGAAGAAGAAGGGUUGGUUAUACGGGGGAUGGUAGUUCAAGCAAGCGUGUAUGAUCAAUUGGUUUCCAGUUUGCAUUUGACAUUGCUUUGCAUUGCGUUGGUAUUGACUGAUACCCGGUGGAUAGAGACAUGGAAAUGCAUAUAUGAUUAAAGACAGGAUGGAUGGAUGGAUGGAUGGAUGGCGUUUGGGAGUAGGUAGAUAGAAUCGCUUUAUCGAUAAGAUGGAGAACGAGCAUCUCCAUAUGUAUAAGCUACCGUACAAAUGCCAGUACGAAUUUGACAACG